UUGCGGCCGAGUCAGCUCCAAAAGCUCGAGAGUCUCGGCUUGUACUACAAUUCGCCAGAGCCAGCAAUAAUUUGCGUCGAAUGCGGCUUCGCCAUUAACCCUACACGCGCGCCGCGUCACCCAGGCGACAAGCAUCAUAUACCUAAGUCUGCCCGCCGUGGUUUGAAGCCACUGAUCUAUUCUCUCAAUCUUCCAAACCCAGAGACACUUCCACUGCGACCAAACGGCUCGCCGCCACACCCAAACCUUACGGUAUAUAGGGGUUCGGCCUGUAAACAUUGUGGUCUUCGCUCUAUCAGCGAAAAGGUCUUACUAGCCCAU